CAUGGUGGCCCAUUUCUUGCACCAGGAGAAGCAUGAGUGCCACUUCUUCAACGGGACGCAGCGGGUGCGGUUCCUGUUAAGGGACAUCUACGACCGAGAGGAGUUUGCCCACUUCGACAGCGACCUCGGGAAGUAUGUGCCCGUCACCGAGUUGGGGCAGCUCUGGUCCGACAUUUUCAACAGCCAAAAGGACUAUCUGCAGUACCAGAGGACUGCCGUGGAUCGCUUCUGCCGGCACAACUACGAGGUGGCCAAGACGGGGCGGAUGGUCGGACUGGAGAACCAAGCCCACCGUCACCAUCUCCCCCACCAAGAUGGACCCCGGUUCCCCCAACACCGUCCUCCUCUGCACCGCGACGGGCUUUUACCCCCUGGAGAUCGACGUCCAGUGGCUGAAGAACGGGCGGCCGGAGAAGGAGGGCGUCGCCUUCGGGGAGGAGCUCCAGAACGGAGACUGGAC